CGAGCACUUGUUGGUUAAUCGCGUUGCACCUAUGAGGUGAUUCUGAUUUUUUGAAAGCCAAGUGAAAUUUAUUCUAGUUUAAAUAGUUAAUUGUUAACAAUUUAAGACUCUUUAGAGAGAUAAAUGUUAAAAAACUUAUUUAGAUUGAAAAAUUUAUUAAAAAUCAGUAUCACAAAUAAUUGCACAACAUAAAGAAAAACAAAGGUUGUCUGAUGCAGUACUAUCUCCAUCUGAGCAAGAAUUUUUGCAUGAGUGACAGUCUUUACAAAUUGUUGUUACAUGACUCAAACAUAAGUAUUUUCCGCAAGUAGCACAAACAGUGAAUUUUCUGCGGCUUGAGAAGUUUGUUUCGUGAUAUCUGCCAAUCGAAAGCGAAUUACUGAAGAGCUUUUUAAGAUGUGUGAUAGAUGUUGCUGGAGCAAGCAUUUCUAUAAACAAUAUCUUGAACAACAUUCUACAAUGAUGCAAUGGAUUCAUCAGGGCCAUCAGCAUCAACAUGAAGGUUAUUUGCAAACUCUAAAUCCUGUAAUAACACCAUGCAUUCAUCAGGGUAUUCAGCCAUAUGAAGGGUGUUUGCCAAGUCCUGCCGUGCCUCAUGAUUUUUAUUCAUUUAUGAACAAAGAAAAAAAUCAAGUACCAUUUCAAAAGAAAAGAACCAGACAGAUUUCUUCCAACUCAAGUGUAUCCUCAUCAGAAAAAAUGUCAGAGAACCGAAAAGGUAGGAAAUACCCCUCCGCACUUGAGGAAUAUAUGAAGUUGGAAGAAAAAAUCAAGGGAUAUUAUAAGGCAAUAGACAAAGCGAUCCAGUUGUAUUUUAAAGAUUCGGUGGAAGAGUACGAGA